UCGAAUUUCAAAUUGUAUAGUAAAUUUUUAGAAUUUGGAUUUCGAACUGACCUAAUUUUCGAAAUUAUUUGGGGUGAAAACAGCCUAUUAAUAGAAAUCUUUCAUUCCGGACGAUAAAAAAAGAGCGUGUAAGUGAAUAAUAAAUUUACAAAAAAAGAAAGUAGGUAAAUGUCCACACAAUAAUUCAAUCAAUCGAAAAUCAAAGAAAAGCGCCUUCCCAAUGCACAUACAUUCGACGAUGAAUAAUGAUAAGCAAACGCACGAUGAAAAAAACAGCAAAUAUUUUAUUUUGUUAUUAGGUACAAUGAUGCUUAUUACGCCUUGGUGGUUCCAAACAGAAAGAGGAAGUCUUAAGUUGCAAAUUUAGCAACUGCAAAAUUAUAACCGAACAAUAUGUUUUGUAGUUAACAGUUAGAGAGCAAUUUUCCAGUGAGUAACAAAAAUGUAUGAUUAAAACAAUAAUUUAAGAGAAACAAAAAUAUGAAAAGAACAGUGAACAGGUAGAGAGUAAGAAAAGUUUAUAACAUGAAACAAAUUAUUAUAGGGUAAUCCACAUGUGCACAAGAAAGUAGCAUAAAAUAUAGCUCCGCAAAAAGUGAUUUAAUUUCUUGUUAUACAGUCUUAAUAAACAUUUAAAGUUUUGCCAAAGUUUAAUUAAAUUAAAAAUCUACUUAAUUUUUCAUAACUUUACAUUGAACAUUUAAUUUAAAGCAUUAAAAUAAGUUUUGUUAAUAUUUUAUAUUUUAAUUUCUGUGAAAUAAAAAUACAAAACAACUUGAAAUGUCAAGUGAGCAACAACGAAAGCUCAGGUCGAUGGAGAAGAGUUCUUCCAGUCCAAGCUCUCAUACCAGUUCCCCUGUGACAAACUCUGCUACAUCAAAAUUGUGGAACAAAAUCGAACUUCGACUUAACAAAAUUGAGACUCGACUUGAAUCGAUCUCUAAAACUUUUUAAAGAAAAAAAGAGCCAAAAAAAAAUUUUUAAAGAAAUGGCAUUAGUUUGAAAAAAUUAUUUCAUUCCAAAAACAAAAUUCGUUGAAAAAAAGACCAUAAAAUCGUUAAAUUUUAAUAUUUCACAAAAAUCCUACGUACUUCACUAGAGAAUAGUAUUUUUAAGCUCCACACAAAAUUUCAGCCUAAUCGGUUAAAAACUGUAGGAGUUAGUUGGUCGCCCGAUGGAGCACAGGAUUUUACUAUCAUCCUGAACUACACCGCCAUUUAAAAAAUUUCACAUCAUUAAAAAAUUUAACAUUAGCCUAUUCUGUUACCUAUUAAUAUACUUAAUUAAACUCAACAAACACCACAAGAAAAUAAUAUUUCUUCUUUGUUUUAUACGCUGAUGAAUAUGACGCUCGAUUUCAUGGUUUACAAGGUGUUAUUACCCCUUAACAAUUUAGAACUUGAUGUUGAUGAAAAAACGAAAACGCUUACAAAGUCAUUCAAUGAACAACACAACACUUUAACUUUGAGGAUUAAUAAUACUGAGCUUGAUUUUGAUGACAAAAUAAAAAAGCUAGAAAACACAUUUAAUCAGAGACUCGGCUCAUAUAAUCACUCAUUGUUUACAUUGGGUAAUCGACUUGACACAUUGGAGCAACAGGGAAGUAGAAUGGAUACGCAUGAAGAAGAGCUUUCUUUUGUUAAGGCACAAAUGUUAGAAAAAGAUAACACUAUGUUGAAAAUACAAAUUGAUGCACUGGCACGCAAUAAUAUUUCUGGAGAUCUGGUACUACAUGGAAUACCAAUACGGAACAAUGAAAAUCUUAGUAAUAUUUUUGAUCGUUUCUGUAGUCUAAUAAAUUAUGUACCGUCGCCACAGAUUCACAUUCUUCGCACUAAACCGAAAAACUCUUCAACAACAACUAGUGCAAUUAUUGUUAAACUUCCACACGCGCAAGAUAAAGUAAAUGUUUUGAAAAAUGCAACUGCUUACUAUAAGCUUAACUCUAAAGCUGUAACCUUGACUGAUCUUGGGUUUGAGGGAAAUAAGUUUGUGCGAGUGUAUGAGAGCUUAACUAGACACAACCAUUCAAUUUACAGAAAAGCUAUUGAAUUCCGAAAGAAAGGUAUCUUGCAUGCUGUGUUUACAAGACAAGGCAGAGUUUAUGUUAGACAUACUAAUGAUGAACAAAGACAACCUCUAUGUAUAACAAGUGUGAACUCUCUUGAAGUGCUUUGCUCAUAUAGUACUUCUACAAAUACCACCGUUGAUACUAACUCUGUUGAUCAGAUAAUUGAUAAGGAAUCAGAGGAAAUAUUUUCACACGCUAAUGUUACUAGUAUGGUUGUUGUUGCUUCUGAUGCUUCUGUAAAUAAGAGAGAGUUUGUUGCUGUUGCUGUUGGCCCAUCUGGACAUGAAGGUGUUGUUGGGUGUAUUGAUGCUGCUGUUGAUUUUGGUGAUGAUGUUGUUUGAUGAUGCUGUUGUUGUUACUACGACGUUGACGUAUGAGUCUAUUAUCCCUUCAAGCAAGAAAACUGAGUUCAAUAAAGACACUCCGACCUCAGAACGCGAAAAUCGGGGUUGCACUCACACACUUGCAACUUUUUGUGUAUGAACACAAAGUCGAACGAGAAUCGUGGUGAAAAGUGAGAAAAGAAAAAAAAAAUAAAGACAGACAUAGCCAACAAGAGCAAAAGCGUCAUUUUGUUAUUUUUUGUUGAAGUGUAUAGUCGCGUCGUGUCUCGUGUCGUUGUUAGCAUAAUACAUAUUAGUAUAAUUAUAAACAAUUAUAUCAAAUUAUAAACAAUAUGGAAACAAAAAAAGAUGUAAUCUCUAAUGAUGAAGGAAAAGGCAGAAGGUGAAACAUAAAGAAACACCAACAACAGCAGCAGCAACAAAUAAAAUAAAAUGAAAAAAAUGUAGUGUAUCUUAUAUUGUAUUUAUUGUGAAAAUUUCGUUUGUCAAAAUAAAAUAAAAAAUAAAACAGUUUCAGUGAAAAAAAAAAUAAAUCUUGUUUUUUUUUUGUCGCAAAUGCGAAACGUCAUCCUUUUUUAUUCCUCUUUCUGGUAGGUUUUCGCUGCUCCGCCUCGGGUCCGACUUUGGCUCCGUUUUCUCGGAAUGGAGAUUUUCACCACACCAAUACAUAUGCAAUCGACUUCGCGGUGAUUAUAAUUUCCAUACUAAUUUGAGCCGCCUUCGGACCUGUUUCUGAGCCGAAGUCGGACUCAGCUCCGCCUGAGGCGGAGCGGAUUCGGACCGAGGUCCGACUUGUUUGCUUGAAGGGAUCUCUUGUACUUCAUACAUUCAUACUAUAUUA